AUGGAACCCGGCAAAAAGUACCUGUGCCUCAACAUUCUGGGCUUCAAGAACGCCGCCGUGUCGGCCCAGGAAUACUACGACUACAUGGUCAAUGUGCAUGCUCCGCAUGUAGGCGGUUUACUGGCCAAGUAUGGCAUUGUUCACUGGACGAUGACACACGCCGAUGCAGAGUCGCCCGCGCAGUUUGACCGGAUCCGCGACGGCCUGUUCUCAAACUACGCCCCCUUUGACGUCUGCGUGACGCUGGUGAUGCCCGACAUCGAGACCUGGAUCCGAUUCAAGGCCGACGACUUCUUCAAGCAGAGCGUCGGGCCCGACCAUCACCGCUUUGCAGACACGAAGCGCUCGCAGAUGAUGCUGGGGUGGUAUACCCCGUUGCUCAAGGAUGGCCGCCUGUUGGUCUCGGAAAAGCAUCACGCCACGGCGAAAUUGUAG